AUCAGAAUGACAUCAGUCCAUCCCUAACACAUCACUUCAUACUCUCUCUACUGCUGACACGGGAAUCAUUUGGACUGGACAGCUGAGUCAACGGAAGGAAAGGAAGAGCCACAGUACCAGAGGAUUUUACCCAAACAAAAGACGGAUCAGUGACUCAAAAAGGCCCUACUUCAGAGAGCCUUCGACAAUAACAGAGAGACACAGUACAGUCUACUACGAUGGGGAACGCCAAGAGUAGUGCUAUUUCAAAGGAGAUCCUGGAGGACCUGAAGCUCAACACCAAGUUCACGGAGAACGAGCUGUGCCAGUGGUACGAGAACUUCCAGAAGCAGUGUCCCACUGGACGCAUAUCGCCAGAGGAGUUCGAGAGGAUCUACGAGCGCUUCUUCCCCGAUAGCGAAGCCAAGACCUACGCUCAGCAUGUGUUCCGUUCGUUCGACACCAACGAGGACGGCACUCUGGACUUCAAGGAAUACAUCAUUGCACUGCACAUGACCUCCAGCGGGAAGACGACGAGGAAGCUGGAGUGGGCCUUCUCACUAUUCGACGUGGACAAGAACGGAUACAUCACCAAGACAGAAGUGGAAGUCAUCUGCCAGGCCAUCUUUAACCUAAUCCCCAAGGAAGAUCUGCCCAAGUUACCAGCCGACGAGAAUACACCAGAGAAGAGAGCCAACAAACUGUGGGGAUUCUUUGAGAAACCAGACAACGACCGGUUGGCGGAGGGAGAGUUCAUCAAGGGGGUGACUGAGAACGAAAACGCCAUGCGUCUCAUCCACUACGAACCCAUCACUGACUAGUCAUCCCUUCUUCUUUACCUCUUCCUCCCUCACACACUCUUUCUUCUCCUCAUCCUCUAUCAUUUUCAUUGUAUUCUAAUGUUCUGUCUUUCCCUUCUGUGUAAAUACUCUUGUAUGGUGGUGUCUUAAUUGUCUUCACUGUACCUUCUGAUAAAGUAGGGGUUUAUGUUGGUUAAAGUAUACAUGUCUGUCUGUGCAUGUAUUUCUAUUGGAUUGAGGCUGUUUUAUGACCCAAGGGGAUAAAUAUGAAGGUAGACGGCCGCUAUUGUAAUUAGUAUGUGAUGCAAUAUAAACACUACAGAAUAAUUGAGGCACAAAUAUACAGUGGGGAGAACAAGUAUUUGAUACACUGCCGAUUUUGCAGGUUUUCCUACUUACAAAGCAUGUAG